GUCGGGUCGCGGGCCGGAGAAAAUGCAGAAUUUUCCAGUUGAUGAUGGUAGUGCUACUAACCUUCUGCAUAAACUUUGCACCAGGAUAACUAGGAAAAAGGGAGAUGAAGUGCUUCCAUUCUUCUACCGGACAAUCCAGCAAUUGUCUGGUGCUGAUGGCAUGGCAAAGAAGGAAUACAACAUGUUCAUCAUUGGGGAGCAGAUCAAGAAGUUGCUGGCCAAGAAUGGCAGAGAGCGUGAUGCUGUACACUUUGGAGAUCUGCUGAGAAGACUCCAACACAGCCCUGUGCUGCGCAGUCAGGCGUCCGUGCUCUGCUUCCUGCUGCACCUGAGCCGUCUGGGCGGCGCUGAUGCGGCUCCGUUCCAGCGUCUCGCUCCGGUCGCUGCCCUGCCCAGCCUCGCAAAGAACACUCUGAUUGAAUCCCAGCAGGCGUCCAACGUCACCAGUGGCUUUGUUUCGGCCUCCGACCUGAUUUUGGCGCCGCCACUCUUGGCAAACGUCCCCCAAGCGGCCGGCGGCGCUCCACAGCCGGUCAGCAACGGCACGCGACAGCCACCCCGCCAGCCCUUCACCAGUCAGACAGAGCUGUCGGAGCAGACGCUGCUCAGGGAGGUGCUGUACGCCUUCCAGGGCAUCGAGGGCAAGUACCUCAAGUCCAACGCCAAGCGCGACCACGUCACCAUCGACCCCAAGGUCUCUGUGAGCGGCAGCGUGCGCUUCUGCCGCUCCGUGGCCGCCCGGCCCGACGCCGGCCUGCUGGCCCAGAGUCUGGCCUCCGCCCUCCGCGAACAACUGCAGCAGUUCUACCGGCUCAUAGCGCUGAUGGAGGCCCAGCUGUCGGGCGGCGAGUCGGGCGGCGAGCGGCUGACGCUGCGCCGCCUGCACGUCUGGACGCUGGACCCGUUCUUCCAACUGCGCUUCCUGGCGGCGCUGACGGACGCGUGCGGCGGCGAGACGGGCGGCGCGCUCGCCUCCGUGCUGCACCGCCACCUCAGCCACGGCGACCCGGCGCUGGUGCGCACCGUCCGACACCUGCUCAGCAAGACCUGUGAGCCCAUGUUCAUCAUGCUGAGCCAGUGGAUGUUUGACGGCGAGCUGGAGGACCGCCACAAGGAGCUGUUCAUCGCCGCCGACCCGUCCGUGGCCGACGACCGGCUCUGGCACGACAAGUAUCAGCUGAGGGAGUCGCAGAUCCCCAGCUUCCUGACGAACACGCAGGCUCGGCGCAUCCUGGCCACUGGCAAGAGCAUCAACUUUCUGCGCCAGGUGUGCCGCGACGACAGUGGCAUUCGCGGCAUCGAGUCGCUGCGCGCCAAGUUCGACGCCAUCAACGUGGAGGCGCUGUACCUGGAGGACGGCACGGGGGAGCUAAGCGCCACGAUCGCAGCCGUCUACCGCGAGACGGCCCGCCACGUGCUCGACACCAUGUGCCAGCGCUACCAGUUCCUGGAGAACCUGCAGGCGAUCCGGCGCUACCUGCUGCUGGGCCAGGGAGACUUCAUUCGGCACCUGUUGGAGCUGAUCGAACCGGAGCUGUGCAAGCCGGCCACCACGCUGUACCCGCACAACCUGAACGGCAUUCUGGAGUCAGCCAUCCGCGCCACCAACGCGCAGUGGGAGGCGGCGGACGUGCUGAAGCGGCUGGACGUGCGGCUGCUGAGCGUCUCGCCCGGCGACACCGGCUGGGACGUGUUCAGCCUCGACUACCACACGGACGGCCCCAUCAGGACGAUCUUCACCCCGCAGUGCAUGACGUGCUACCUGAUGCUGUUCAACGCGCUGUGGCGCGCCAAGCGCAUGGAGUUCGUGCUCUCCGGGGUGUGGAAGCGGCAGGCCCUGCUGGCCAAGAUGACAAAAAGCCUGACGGAGACCAGCGUGGUCCUGCACCUGGCGGACGUGCUGACCUCGCAGAUGGUGCACUUCAUCCACCAGCUGGCCUAUUACAUCACAUUUGAGGUGAUGGAGUGCUCCUGGGCCGACCUGACCUCGAAGGUCAAGCGGGCCGACAGUCUGGACGAGGUGAUCAGCGCGCACACAGAGUUCCUGAACACCAUCAUGUCUCGUGCCCUGCUGGAUGACACGUCCCAGGACAUGCUGCACCAGCUGCGCGUCAUCUACGACCUGAUCCUGCAGUUCCAGAUCCUGCAGGAGCGGCUCUAUGACCGCGUGGAGGCCGAGCUGGCGCGCCGCGCUGAAUACCAGGCCGCGAUCGCGGCGCGCACGCGGGCCGGCCAGUACGGCACCAGCAGCGCCGACGAGGCGGCCGAGGCGGAGCGGCGGCGCGACUUCGUCAAGAUCUUCCUGCCGGCCACUAAGGCGCAGCUGCAGAACCUCACGCAGGGAUACCAGAACAUGGUGCUGGGUCUGCUGAUGAUGCUGUCAUCCCAGGAGGAUCUCAGCCUGCAGUACCUCAGCUUCCGACUCGACUUCAACGAGCACUACCGCAGCAAGGACUCGCGCCUCUCACUACCGCUGACGUAUCACCACCGGCGCAUGAGCGGCGUCGGGGUGCGGCUGUGACCCGGUGGGGUCAACCGAGGUCACGGCAUCGGCGGCG